AAUGACUGCUGCUAGUGUGACACAAUGGCUAAGAUCAUCUUCUACGAAGACAGGGGCUUCCAGGGUCGCUCCUAUGAGUGCAGCAGCGAAUGCUCUGACCUGCAUUCCCACUUCAGCCGCUGCAACUCCAUAAGAGUGGACAGCGGCGACUGGAUGGUCUAUGAGAGACCAAACUACUCGGGCUACCAGUACUUCCUAAGGAAGGGUGACUAUCCAGACUACCACCGUUGGAUGGGAUUCAACGACUGUGUGCGAUCCUGCCGUAUGAUCCCUUCGCACCAAGGCUCUCACAAAAUGAUGAUCUACGAGCGCCCAGAAUUCGGAGGCCAGAUGAUGGAGCUGACCGAUGAUUGUCCCUACGUGUACGAACGCUUCCAUUACAACGACAUCUACUCCUGCAACGUGACGGACGGUUACUGGAUCUUCUACGAGCAUCCCCAUUACAGGGGACGCCAGUUCCUGCUGCGCCCUGGUGAAUACAGGAGGUUUAACGACUGGGGAAGCAUGAGUCCGAGGGUGGGAUCCAUCAGACGCAUCUCUGUGUGAGAAAAGCUGAUGUCCAGCUGAUGUUUAUGUACUGUCCAUAAAUCUAUCCAAUAAAACCAUUGUUC